UGUGUCUGUGUGUGUGUAUCUGUGUGUGUGUGUAUGUGUGUAAAGACGAGUACUGGCAGAACCACCCGGAGCUCCACGACAUCCCCAUCUACUACGCCUCGUCUCUGGCCAGGAAGUGCAUGGCGGUCUACCAGACGUACAUCAACGCCAUGAACGACAAGAUCCGUAAGGCCAUCAACAUCAACAACCCCUUCGUCUUCAAGCACAUCAGCAACCUCAAGAGCAUGGACCAGUUCGAGGACAUCGGUCCGAGCGUGGUGAUGGCGUCGCCCGGCAUGAUGCAGAGCGGCCUGUCCAGAGAGCUGUUUGAGAGCUGGUGCACCGACAAGAGGAACGGCGUCAUCAUCGCCGGCUACUGCGUGGAGGGAACGCUCGCCAAGGUGGGUUUACCUCUGCGCGCCCACACACCUAACCUGCCUUAACCCUUUGAGGUCUGA